UAUGAUGACGUCACCAUAUCACCAUGGAAAGUGUUUGAAAAUGGCGACAGUCGCUUGAAUGGAGUUUCCUUGUCGUGGAGUUACAGAGCGACUACAACUUUCAGGGACCAACAUUCUUUUGAGGCGUACCCGGUGAUAAGCUUGAAUUAUGGAAAAAGAGACAUUCCCCCAGCUAGAGGCUGGGCUGGAAGAAUCAGGGGAGGCUACUGGUGAAGAAACAGUCAUCACAAUUACUGAAACAAGGAAGGAAACAGAAACCACAGAGAUGGUUGAAGUUGACCCCAAGGACUAUGGAAUUGACUUUGAAGAUGAAGAAUUCACAUUUGAGCCACUCCCUGAGGAUGAUACUCUCCCUGAUCUGUACAACCUCAUGGACACUCUGGAGAAUGGGGACACAGAGCUCGAGACAAAACGACAACCACCUAACUUGUUCAUCAGACCAGAGCACAUCCCUAACUAUGAGAAAAUAUCAGAGCUUCGUCUGGAGAUGGAGAAGGGUGAGGUGGAUCCGUACCUGCGUCAGUUUGAGGACGAGGUCCGUGAUGACGUGGUGAUGCUGGGCUCCAUCUCCCUAGAGGAGGUGCAGGAGGAGGAGCGGCGGCUCCGGGACGAGCACGUGCGGUACCUGGAGCAGGAGGCGCUGCGGGCACGCAAACAGCAGGAGAAGCUGCUACAUAGGGAGGAGGAGGCCAAGACUCGGGUCGCCAAGGUUACCAAGGAGAAGAGAGAGGACAUUGCACGCAGAGAGGAGUUGAUGAAGCAGAGGGAGAAGCUGCUGCUGGAUCGGCUCCACAAGGCCUUCCGCCGUUCGGAGAGUCAGCUCAUCAGCCGCCUGGAGGACAGGAAGGGAGAAGUGAGGACAUUCUAUGGUGACCUGAUGUUGGCCGAUGGUCAGUACGGAGGAAGCCGAGGCCGGCGAUGGAAGGUGGACUGGAACAACACACCACAGCCAAUACAGAUCAAACUUAAGUGUCUGCGAGGGGUCAAGGACAAACUGCCAGCUGGCCGCUACGUCCUGAUGGUGUCACUGUACAACCGCAUGGGUGGUCACUCUCUCCGCUGGUCAAAGAUGAAGGGACAGCAGUGGGGUGGGGCCUCGCUCCCGAUCUUCCACGAGGGAAACUUCCACAAUGUUGAGAUGAAGAUUGACCAAAGCGUGUUCACUGUGCUGCCCUCCAAGCCUUCACUGAGGCCAGGGAUGGCGCUGGUGUUUGAGCUGUUCCUGUUGCGGGGGUCAGUUGUCCCCACUGACCGGGUUAUCUCCUGGGGGGUCUUCCCCAUCUGUGAUGGCCAGUUCGACAUCAUUGAGGGCAAGUACCAGUGUCCAUUCCUGAGAGGUGAGAUGGACCCUAACAUCGACAAACAUGAAAAGAUUGAGGAGCUAAUGGCCUCUGACCUUGAUCACUGGAUGAGCAAUCUGUAUUUCGAGAUCGUCAAACUUCCCAGAUACAUGGCAGGACAGAAGGAGUAUGAGGUGGAGCUGCAGUUCACGUCUGGCAUCACCGGGUAUCCCGACCGCAUCCGCACCGGCUGGGAGGAGAACAAGGAUGGGGAGGAGCCGGUGCCAGGCUCCACCAGCGACAUGGCCUCCGACAGGAGCCAGCAAAACUCCCAGCCAAGCCUGAUGGGAAACACCUCCAGUGACCUUGACACCACAAACCAUUCUGUGGCUGCCACAACCAAAGUGAGGCUCUCAGAAAAGGGCAAGAAGCGCGAGAUAACCCCGCCCACCACCAUCGUGUCACGGCUGAUACAGAGGGAAGACAAGAAGAUGAGGAUGGAGGACAGUGACUCCAACAGCGAUGCCGAGUCAGAGGACAGCCUGUACCAUGCCAAGAAGCGGGACGACUUCAAGCCGGUCAAGGGCAUGCCCGGCAUGUACUACAAGCGCUACCUGAACAACCCGACAGACAUGUACUACAGGAAGAUGUUCUCACUGUUGCCCAAGACACCAGUCCUGGCCCCUCGCAACAAGAAGAAGAAGCUGACCCACGUGGAGCAGUUGGAGCAGCAUACCUUCCGUGUACAACCCCCAUUCAGCGGCAAGGGUCGCCUGGCCCAGAAUGGUCGUGAGAAGUUCGGCUACAUCCGCCGACAGUUCCUGGCGGAGCUUGGUCUGUCCCAAUGGCGGAGCCGGGAGUUCUGGGGCAUGAUGCUGAUGUUCAUCCUGGUCUUCUUCCUGAGGAUGACGCUCCACUACGUCGGCCAGUGGCUCUUCCUCAGCGCCAUCUCCAUCCCCAUCAACAAAUUUGAGUUCCUGCCCUACACUGUGAAGCUGAACUACCAGGCCACCCUGCUGCGAGCCAGAGAGGAGAUCGCGGUGGUGUUCUUCGGGCCGUUGAUCAACAUCCUUGUCUUCUGCCUGCUGGUGCUGUUCGCCUGGAUCUCACCCAAGAUCUUCUCCAUCUUCCCCGACCUCUGCUCCAAGUUCGUCAUCUGCUUCGGCCUCUUCACGUUCCUCGACCCUCUCUUGACUCUAAUUGUCGACUGUUGUAUGCAGACCUACAACAAUGACAGCACUGAGCCAAUAGCUGAUGCUGCCAAGCUGUACUGGCACUUCUACAGGGCCCAGGGGUCUGGCCUGGCGGGCAUCUUCAUCACCGUCUUCCUCUACAUCUUCACCAGCUUCAUGGCUGGAUCCAUCCUCUACAUGUACUUCCUCAGACUGCACAACAAUGGUCGUAUGCUGGACAUCUUCUGGCGUCUCCAUGGGGAUGAGGAACACUUCUUCGUGCCCUAUGACCUGGAACUAUCCAACCAGGAGCUCCACUACAUCUGCAGGAAAGCUGAGCAGUGGCGGGGGGAGGAAGGAGAGAGACGCAAAGUGGCAGUGUAUGACUAUGUCUGGGAGGAAGAAGAUCUGGAGGAGAACAUAUGGGAUGAGAGCGGGGAGGAGGUGCGGGUGAAGAAGGAGAACAGGAAAGAGAUCACCACCCACAUCGCUAUCCACACCAUCCACCUAGACGGCCUCCGUGAGCUGUACCGACACUUCCUGCGUCUGCCUGAUGGGGCCAUAGUAGAGGUGUUUGGGGACAUAUCAAUCCCCGGCAUGGACAAGGAUGUGAAGGUGGCUCUAGAACGAGGCGCCAAGGACCUCGAGAACUUCAUGGGCUCCCAGGUCAGCCUUCACAAGGUACGAGGCAGGCAGACCGUAUUCACGCGCAGCGGAUUCCACGAGGACUCGGGUGAGGGCUCCUCACAAUCACCCAGCAGUGCAGGAUCUUACGCAGACAGGAAGAAGAAACUAUAGACACAAAGUGAUCUUCACCUCAAUGUGACCUUAGCAUCCAUCAGUGUCUUUGACCUGUGGGUGACUUACAAGCUUUAUCCAAUUUAAUACUCCAAAUGAUAUGUCCACCUUGAUGUUAGCAUUGAUCGUGCAUUAAUUAUAGUUUCAACAAAGACGAUUCUUUGAUACAAUGAUGAAAACGAUGUGUAUACUUAGUUAAAUGGUCUUGUGUACACUAUGAUGUCUGUAAUAUUCCUUAUGGCAAUGUGGAAGACAAUGAGCUCUAUUCCAGACUGAUGGUGAACCUCUUAAGUACGGAAAUUGGAAUGAAGGACGCCUCUCCUUGAGGAUGUUAUCAGGUCUUGUUAUGCAGGUUCAUGUUUGAUUCAUGUUUGCCUAGUUCGUCAAGGAUAGAAACUGGACUUUUAACGUCAGUUAAAUCUCUUGCCUCUGGAAGAUGCUGAAUUACAUGAUUGAGUGGAAUGCAUUUAAUAUUAGGAACCUGUUUAUAUUUCUGCUUAAAUUUGAGUUAAAGUUAUUCGUUUCUUUAUUGACCCUACGUGACACUUACAGAGAGUUUAGGUGAUUAUGGUAUGCAUAUUGCUGUUGAAUCACAUAAACAAAGGUGCAAAAUAUUCCAUGGGAUAUUCCUUGAUGUCUCUCAAUUCAUAGUUAGCUCGCUAACUUUAGUCAACCAAUGAAAUUGUACUGAAAGACGUAAUGGUAUUGAGAAACUGUAACAAGACCUGAAGAAGUUACCAAUGAAACUUUGUUGUAAUCUGUUACAAGUUAACAAUAAUCUGCUGUAUCAAAAUGUAUUGAUUUGUAUGGGAAAUGGAAAUUAUUGUUGAUAUUUAUUGUUGUACAAUUGUCAAUAUUUCUGUAUCAACAAAGAAUUUGUUUCUUAUAAUGAAAAUAUUUAUGAUUAUAUGGACAAUUUCACCUGUCAAGGUUAUAGUAAGGCUGCAAUAAAUUACUUAUUAGAUUUCCAUCCAGAUGUUUAAAAAAUAUUUGGUUGGGAGCAUUUUAUAUAUAACAAAUAUUUGGUUGGGAGCAUUUUUAAAUGUGUGGAAUAUAUAUAUAUUUUAACAAACUGUUAAAGGCAUUUGUGUAAAUCAAAUGAUGACAGAUUUGAUUCAGAUGAAGUUUGUUUGUUUGUUUGUUUAUUUGAGCAAGUAUAUUGAAAGAUAUAGCAUUUUUUCUUCGUGUGUAGGUACAUGGGAACUGUACAAUGAUGUGAGGUGAGGUGUUUGGUAGAGAGGCUGGUGGAGAUGAAAAUAUAAUGAUUAAUUUAUUGUGGCCGAACAUGUGAUAUUUUAUGUUUUCUUAUACUGGUAUAUUUGUGAUUCAUGCCUUUAAAGACAUCUGUGAUAAACCUCUUGGUGUGAUUUAACAUGUUAUUUUGAAUUAUGUUUGUCAUGAUAUAUAUAUGUGUCAUGUUGUUAAUGGUUAUGGGAGUUUUUGUAUUUAGAAUUGGACCAUGGGACUAUGGGAUCAUUUCACAUUUGAAUUUGACAAUAGCAAGCAGAGGGGCUUGCUUAGCUAUUUUACCUUGGAUUGUACCAAGAUCAUUUAUCAUGUUGGUGGGUGGGUCAGAGGAAUCAGGGGAGGGUCACCAAAAACCCGACAGUCUCUAGGGGAGGGUAAUCAAGAAUAAUACACAUAUUUAGGGAGGGCCAACAAUAAAUGGACAUUUUAUUAAAAAAAUAUAGAGUGCUUUUGCAUUUUGUCUUUUUAGGGAGGGUCAUGAAAAAAAUGUACAAGGACAUUGGGAGGGUCAUCCAAAAGUAUGAGGGGGAGGGGGGGUAAAUAUUUUCAGUAUGUUAGUGCAUCAACAUAUUCUGACCCCCACCCUCUUUAUUGUGACAGCAUUUGUUAACUAGAACUAGACGUCCAACACUUUCCUUUGUGGGUAUAAAAUUCAGUUUAAUCGGAUGACUUUGUAUUGUAUAAUUCACCAUUUGUUGUGUGCAGGCAUCACUUUACAUGAACUUAUAUGAUUGUUUACUGCAAUAUAUUUAGCAUAUAAUGCAUUUUUUAUUACUUUGCAUUUUAUCUGUAAUCAAAACUACUUCAUGUUCCUGCUCUUUACCAUUAUUAUUACUCUAUGAAAUGAGUUAAUUAUUAAUCUACCUAUGUGAGUCAGAAACAAAUCAAAAUAGUUUAUUCUGAAAGGUGUCAUCAUUGACUGAUUAUUUAUCAAGCAAGGAAUGGUAACUUUUAAACCGUGACGUUGUUUGACCUAAAUCAAAAUAUCCAAAUAUAAACUCUUACGUCCGUAGAAUGUAAUGUUUUUUAAGCUUCUGUUAUUUAAAACUCCUCACAUGUCUGUCAGUCAGAGGUCUUGUUUAAGGGUUUUCAAUUAUCAAUUACCGUAUUCGACGUAAUACACGCCCUGGGCGCUCUCAAAAUUAGAAAUAGUGGGCUCUUAUUAGAAUAUAAUUUUGGUGAA